UUUAGAUUCGUCGCAAAGUGUCCAUUGACGCGCGGUAGUUUACCCAACUUGCAUUCAGACUCAGUUGGCGGUGAAAAUAGCGGAGACUCUACUGAAUCGUUAAUCGAUGAAGCCGAGGAUUAUCUGCGGCGAAGCAUUGAUUCUAUGCUAACAAUAUCAAGCAUCAGCACGGAUUAUUGGAACAAACAGACAACAAGACGAAGAAGAACGCGAAGGCAUUCGGAGCCGAACUUGAUACACGAUUGGCAUCCUCCUCAGAAUGCCAAACCAUAUUUGCCAAAGAUACCAAGAGAUCUCAAACUGGAUCAUCUUGUGAAGGUUAUAUCACCGGAAGGUAGGGUCCUCCAAGGUCGCGUGAGAUAUGUAGGUCCCGUUCCUGGCCGAGAAGAAACGCAUGUGGGAGUGGAACUGCCAUAUGUCAAUGGUUCAUCUGAUGGUACUUUUCAUGGCAGAAGAUUUUUCGAUUGCGAUCCGGAUCGAGCAAUCUUCGUUCCGUUUAAGAAGGUGGUGCUUGCUUGGUGCACCAUUUGACCCGAAGCAUCGAUCAUGGUCACCCCUCAUAUUCUACUCUCCCAGUAUACUAUCUCCAGAAUGCCAGUUCCAGAAAAAGAUGCGACAAAAAUGCUACGAUCCUUGAUUUAUAGAAAGAGAGGAAAUGGUGACUAUUGUAUUAAUUGCAAGUGAAAUUGUUCAAUAUUUCCUGAAUUUGAUGAAGGUCAAUAUCCAACUAUGAUUCAUAUAGCGCGGAAGAAAUGUUACCUAGAAGUUUAUUAAAGAAGUCAGGAAGCGUGCAAAUAAAGAAUGUAAGAUCCGAAUGACUAUAGCUCCUGCACAUUAGAAGAAAAAGGGGAAUUGGAAGAGGUAGGGAAAAGGAGGUUUUGCUUCUUUUGCAGAAGGAUUCUGCUAUCUGCUAUUGGGCAAUUAAUAUAGAGCUGUGCGUCUCGCAUAUUCUGUUUAGCAAAUGAAUUAACUUGAGGAUUAGGUUUACGAGAAGGAGAGGGGGGGAGGUGUUGGAGGGUCAGAGGAUUCAGUGAGAUUUCUGCGGAGCGCAUUGUUACAAUGGUUUCCCGGAAGAGUAGGUCCACCGCGAUGUGGAUUAGUGGGGGCCGUGCAAUGUCACUGUACAAUGGUAAUCCGAAUUCGGAAAUAAAUUUCAAAAUUUCAUAGAGACUGACGUCUUAAUAUGAUCGAGGCAAUUGGAUUUGAGAACGGGAAUGUGCAGAAAGAGAGGAAGGAAGGAGAGGGAAAUUGUUCUGAAUGAGGAAAAUAUUAAUGAAAGUGUAAGAUGUAGCUUCAAGUUUUGCUCGUACUCCCGCGUACGUUUUCUAUUGCACGAUGUUGAUAAAUCUGCCUUUGUUUAAUGUAAAUCGAACAUUUAUUGGAAGGAAGGUAUUUUAGGUCACAGUUAGGGGAGCAAGAUUGAAAUAGGGGCAAUCCUCAAUCUUAUCAUGUUUGCUCUGUCCGCAUCUAGCGCAACGGGGAGUUUCUUUGUCAUCGGAACUAAUAUGACCAAACUUUAAACAUGAGAAAUACAUUAGCCCUCGAGAGAUGUUGGAUAAUACAGAGAAAGAGACGCGCAUGUAUGAAAUCCUUUUGGGAGAGGAACUGGUUUUGAAAUUUGGAUCAAAACUGACUAUGUAGGAACAAUGGUAUCUGUAAAGAGGCUCACUUUAUUUGCGAAUAUCUUUAUUUAUAUCGUUUAGAUACAAGUAAGUAACGAGAGUACGUUGUGUCGUGUUGUUUAUUGUCGAUGAUAGUGUGUUUCAGUAUGGCCAACUUUAUGUUAAUAAAAACACUUUACUGUGGCAACUUAUGAAUGCAUAUGGUAAAUCAGGAUUGCCAUCCGUCAUCCUCCUUCUUUUGUAAACUGAAUAGUCAAAAAGUUUUUUAGGACGGAUUGUCUUUCCAUAACGCGAUUUGAGAACAGGUGUUGCUUGGGAGUCACUUGUUCUUGCACUAACACUUGUUCUGGGUCAUUUGCUUUCUCUGAUUGUUCCAAAGGGUGUCUAUCCGGGCUAUUCUGUUUCUAUUCUUUUCGAUGUGGAAUACUCGGUAUUUGUUUUACUCCUUCUUCUACGAUGCUAGGUGAAAUCAACUAAUUUAUUAUAGACUUCUUUAAAAGUUUCAAAAACCAACUGUUUCUCCUUAGUUGUCUACCAUUUGUUGUUUUGAUAAUAUAAGAGAGUGGUUCUGGUGUUUUGUCAACUAUUGUGGCUAGUAUCUAGCACUGCUUCUCAUCACGGAAUAAUAUUUGUUCUCCUUGCUUGAAUUCCGGUAUACUGCGUUUGUUCACGAUCGCGUACUUUUUCUCUUUUUUGCGAAUCAUUUUUAGUUUUUCUUGGAUGUUUGGUAUUAGAAAUGCGUUUACCAAUACGUAGCCUAUUCAUUAUAUGUGUCUUACGCUUAUUUGCUGACUGUCAAGCAGUAUUAAUUGCCAAGUCUGUUUGAAAGUUAUUCCCAUAUAUUGCGAUUUUUUAGCGUAAUUUAAAUAUUUCUUUGUAUUUUCCUCUGAAAAGAAUUUCUCAAAAAUUCUUCUAAUUUUUGUACUGCUAAAAAAUUUCGGUGGAAAGACAAAUCUUCUAAAAGAAAAUCUCUCAACCUAUCUACAGUGAUGUCAAGAGAGAUAAAACAAGCUUUCUUCCAUUUUCACAAAUGUUUUAAAGUGAUACUUUGUUUGAUCAUACUUUGUUUUAUCCAAAUCUUUUUAUUUAAAUACAAAUAACAUACAAAAAACUUCAUUUUUUGUUUAUUUCAUUAUUUUUUGUUUAUAAUGUUAUGAUUCAAUAUGAUCCCAGCGACUACUCAGAAGCCUCAAAUACUAUUGAAUUUGUUAUUAAUUUAAUAUUUUCGCGUUACUUAUGAGUUUUCGAUAAGUAAAUAUUUUUUGUGUACGUAUAUUAUAAUAUGUAUGUAUAUGUAUUUUAUAUAUACACGUGUAUCUUUUAAAAGAGAUACGCAUAUGUAAAGUGUAAGCACUAUGCUUGCCUGUAUAAAUACAAACAUGAUCAUAUCCUGAGGCUA